CGCCCGGGCACCCCUGCCACUCCCGGCGGCGGCGGCGGCGGCGCCGCGGGGCGAUGCACCCCGGGCCGCUGGCCCUCUAGCCCGCUCGGCCGGUCCCCUCGCCGCCUGUCAGCCCCGAGGCUUCUGAGGACCUUCCCGACUGCACCGAGCCAGCCCUCUUCAUGCUGCAGUGCCGCACCGUUUCCGCUACCGAAGGGGAGAAGCGGCCGGGAUCGCAAACAAAACCCGAGAACUGGUGUGUGACUCAUCUGCUCGGAUACCUCCCGUCCCCGGACUGUCUUCCCGGAGUUUUCUUGGCCGAAGCUGCCCAAUGGUUGAGCCUUUUCUUCCUAGGGAAGAUAGACUGAAAGCUGCCAGUUGGGGACUUUUUUUGGUCAAGAAGUGUCUGUAUUUUAAAGGAGGUGAUGGGGCUUGCGCUGACUUGUCUUCCUGCCCAGUUGAAGAGUUGUUGAUGUUCACGGGUUAUGCUUAGACGAUGCGCAGUUUGUUUUAAUUUAAAAAUUUUGGGGGGCUAGGGCUAUAGGCUUGUGAAGAGCCUUCCGAACCUGGAGGAGCUCCUCAUUGUCCCCGGUAGAGACAACCCCCCAGCCUGUCCUCGAUGCCGUCAGCCUUGGCCAUCUUCACUUGCCGCCCGAACUCGCACCCGUUUCAGGAGCGUCAUGUCUACCUGGACGAGCCCAUCAAGAUCGGCCGCUCGGUGGCCCGCUGCCGACCAGCGCAGAAUAAUGCCACCUUUGACUGCAAAGUGCUGUCAAGGAACCAUGCUCUGGUCUGGUUCGAUCACAAGACGAGCAAGUUUUAUCUCCAAGACACUAAAAGUAGUAAUGGUACCUUUAUAAAUAGUCAGAGAUUGAGUCGAGGCUCUGAAGAAAGUCCACCAUGUGAAAUUCUUUCUGGUGACAUUAUCCAGUUUGGGGUAGAUGUCACAGAGAAUACACGGAAAGUUACCCAUGGGUGUAUUGUUUCCACAAUAAAACUUUUUCUACCAGAUGGUAUGGAAGCCCGACUCCGCUCAGAUGUCAUCCAUGCUCCAUUACCGAGUCCUGUUGACAAAGUUGCUGCUAACACUCCAAGUAUGUACUCUCAGGAACUAUUCCAACUUUCUCAGUAUCUACAGGAGGCCUUACAUCGGGAACAGAUGCUGGAACAGAAGUUAGCCACACUUCAGCGGCUACUGGCCAUCACCCAAGAGGCCUCAGAUACUAGUUGGCAGGCUUUAAUAGAUGAAGAUAGACUCUUAUCACGGUUAGAAGUUAUGGGAAACCAGUUGCAGGCAUGCUCCAAAAAUCAAACAGAAGAUAGUUUACGGAAGGAACUUAUAGCACUGCAGGAAGAUAAACACAACUAUGAAACAACAGCCAAAGAGUCUCUGAGGCGGGUUCUUCAGGAGAAAAUUGAAGUGGUUAGAAAACUUUCAGAAGUUGAGCGAAGUCUGAGUAAUACUGAAGAUGAAUGUACCCACCUGAAAGAAAUGAAUGAACGGACUCAGGAGGAAUUAAGAGAAUUAGCCAAUAAAUAUAAUGGAGCAGUUAAUGAAAUCAAAGAUUUAUCUGAUAAAUUAAAGGUAGCAGAGGGAAAACAAGAGGAAAUCCAACAGAAGGGACAAGCUGAGAAGAAAGAAUUACAGAACAAAAUAGAUGAAAUGGAAGAAAAAGAACAGGAGCUUCAGGCAAAAAUAGAAGCUUUGCAAGCUGACAAUGAUUUCACCAAUGAAAGGCUGACAGCUUUACAAGUACGGUUAGAACAUCUGCAGGAGAAAACUCUUAAAGAAUGCAGCAGCUUAGGGAUACAAGUUGAUGACUUCUUACCUAAAAUAAAUGGGAGCACAGAAAAAGAGCACUUGCUUUCAAAGAGUGGCGGGGACUGCACUUCUAUUCAUCAGUUCCUAGAAUGCCAGAAGAAGCUGAUUGUCCAGGGGCAUCUAACCAAAGUGGUAGAAGAAUCAAAGCUUUCAAAAGAAAACCAGGCGAAAGCAAAGGAAUCUGACUUAUCAGAUACUCUGAGUCCAAGCAAGGAAAAAAGCAGCGACGACACUACAGACGCCCAAAUGGAUGAGCAAGACCUAAAUGAACCCCUUGCUAAGGUGUCUCUAUUAAAAGAUGACUUGCAGGGUGCACAGUCAGAAACUGAGGCCAAACAAGAAAUUCAGCAUCUUCGCAAAGACUUGAUUGAAGCCCAGGAGCUAGCUAGAGCAAGUAAACAAAAAUGCUUUGAACUUCAAGCUCUUUUGGAAGAAGAACGAAAAGCCUAUCGAAAUCAAGUUGAGGAAUCUGCUAAACAAAUACAGGUUCUUCAAGUCCAGCUGCAGAGGUUACAUGUGGAUAUGGAGAAUCUCCAAGAGGAAAAAGACUCCGAAAUCUCCAGCACAAGAGAUAAAUUGCUUAGUGCCCAAGAUGAGAUUUUGCUCCUUCAUCAAGCAGCAGCGAAGGCUGCUUCUGAGCGGGACACUGACUUUGCUUCUUUGCAAGAGGAGCAUAAGAAGGUGAGAGCAGAGCUUGAGAGCUGGAGGAAAGCAGCAUCUGAGUAUGAGCAAGAAAUCACAAGUCUGCAGAGCAGUUUCCAGCUUAGGUGUCAGCAAUGUGAAGACCAGCAAAGGGAGGAGGCAACAAGGUUGCAAGGUGAACUAGAGAAGUUGAAAAAGGAAUGGAAUGUAUUGGAAACUGAAUGCCAUUCUCUAAAAAAGGAAAAUGUUUUGUUGUCAUCAGAACUGCAGCGGCAAGAAAAAGAAUUGCACAAUUCUCAGAAGCAGAGUUUGGAGCUCACGAGUGACCUCAGCGUCCUUCAGGUUACUAGGAAAGAGCUUGAGAACCAAGUGGGAUCCUUGAAAGAACAACACCUUCGGGAUUCAGCAGACUUAAAAACUCUUCUCAGUAAGGCUGAAAACCAAGCAAAGGAUGUACAGAAAGAGUAUGAAAAGACACAGACCGUACUCUCAGAACUGAAGUUGAAGUUUGAAAUGACUGAGCAGGAAAAGCAAUCCAUCACAGAUGAGCUCAAACAAUGUAAAGACAACCUGAAGCUGCUGCGAGAGAAAGGAAAUAAUAAACCCUGGCCCUGGAUGCCCAUGUUGGCGGCCCUGGUUGCAGUGACAGCUAUUGUGCUGUAUGUGCCAGGUCUGGCCAGAGCUUCUCCAUGACAGUGUGUCUUGAGUCUGUACACCGUCCUCCCUCUAGAAGCUGGCAUCACUCUCAUGCUGGGGACGAGCAGAACCAUUUUCUUCCUUUUUACCUCUUAAAACAGCAAAGUGCAAGAAUACAGCUGUAGGGUCAUUGCUUUAACUUAUAUAAAAUAUAUCUGUCUAUAGAGAGGAUAUAAAGUUGUGAAUUUAUUCGGUUUUACAUUUAAUUUUUAAAUUAGUAUGUUGAGAUUCUGAAUUAUUAUGGCGGCCUAAAGUAGGCUUCCUAGUGCACCAAAUUAUUUAUACCAUAAAUUUAUAGAUAUUUUACUCUGAAUUCUGAUGGCCACAUAGUUCAUUUUUCUGAUUCGGUAAGUACUCAAACCGAACAACCCAUACAUACAUGGGAAGAGAGGCCCUGUGUGCUCAGUGCCUAUCAGUUUGAAUAUAUACACACACACACAUAUAUAUAUAUAUUUUUUACAUAUUUACGCCAUUUUUACUUGUUAUAAAACCACUGAGCUAUUGGGAACAAGACUUAGACAAUUAUUUGUGUGGAUUUUUUUUAAGGAAAAAACAUUUGGAAAAUAUUCACUUCUAAUGAUAAUUUGGGGGAUACAUACAUUUUUGUUCAGCCUUAAUGUGACUUGAAGAUGUGAAGGACAUCAGCUUUGAAAAACUUUCCAUGAGAGUUUGUAUUUUCUUGAGCAAACAUAUUUCUGGGAGCAAAAGCAUAACUGCAUAAUUUCAGUGCAAUCAACCAAACUGUUGAGUGAAUUGAAAUGUAAUUUACUAAACCUCAUGUAUUUAAGAAAUGUUUUCUUUAAAAGCCAAGUUACCUUCUCAUAUACAGCAGUUUAGAAAGCAUGAUUUUUUUUUUCUGUCAUCUGUUCCUCCAAGCAUGUUUAAUUGAAGGAAGAAUUAUAUCUGUUUAGAUAAGCUUUUAUUGACUUCAUUUGGUUAUGAUGUGGAGCUAAUUCACAUUCAAGGUGAGCUGAUGUUACCUACCAGCAGAUUUCUUGGUUAGGUAUACAAAUGGUUAUUCUCUUUUUACUGUUAAUUGGAACGGCCUCUUAAGUAGUAGCACCAUUCCCGAGAUUGGUAGUGUUCCAUGCACAGUGACACACCUAAGCACUGCUUGACAUAUACAUUAAGACACAGGUUAAAAUUUAGCUAUGGUUUUGUACAGCACCAUAGUGAUGUCAGCAUCCUAAAGUAUCACACAGUUAAAUUUUCUUCAGUCAGUGAAGACUGGGGGGAAUGUCAGUGAAUUGGCUUGAAUGUUCUAUGAGAAUACCCAGCUCUAGCCAGCUAUUGAGAUAGGAGUUUAUGAUAUAAUUUGCCUUGUGAUGUUUGGCAGUCAUUGUUUUUAUUUUAAAAAUUGUAUUUAAAGCUAUUUGGGAUUGUUGCCGGGAGAAUCACUAGAUAUAUGGAGGAAAUAGCCACAAAAGACUUAUAGAAAAUACUGUCAUAUAGUUCAUUUUACCAUCUCUGUUGCAGGAAGCCACUCCACCACAGAAUGCUAAUAUGCCAGUGGUACCCAGUACCUCUUGUAUAUAGUUAUUGCAAAUACUGUUCUGAAAUGCAUAACUUCAAAAUUACCUUUUUUAAAGUAAAUAAUUGUUUGAAAUCUAUUUUGUAAAGAUAAAACGUACAAUAGAAUUUCUGGAGUACAGAUUAAACUAUUUGCACUAACACACGUGAUGUGCAUGAUUUAAUAAAAUAACUUUAAUCUCCCUA